AGGCGUCGCGACUACACACUUGAUUCGUACGACUUCGCCCACGACUCUGCAGCUUGCAUGUUGCUGUCGCUUUUGCAUUACAGCCUGUCACGUCGUAGCGCUGACUGCGUAGUCACCGGACAGGAGUGAUCACUGGUCCACCGCAGCCUCGACGGCAACACCAACAAGAUGCGACUGCCGAGAUGAUGACGGCACGAUCCAUCACAACACCGGAACAUCACUCCCCUAUCGGUAAAUUGUCUUGGAACGAGUGCGGUCGGCUUUCCCUCCCCUGGGCCAACCGUCUGUCAAGCGUGAGAUGGACUGCAUUAGCGGCCUCCUUUUCGUGUUGAUCCAGGAACAUACUCCAGCCUUGCGACGGGAUGAAGCCCAUUGGCUGUGGUGUUCCUUUCAACGUCUCAUUGGAUGGGAAAGUCUCGCUCACACACCCGUCUAGCACUUCUGUCACCGACGUCUUUAUUUCGCCGGAACUUCAGCACGGGAGUGACACCUCGUUUGGGCGCAGAAAGGCAAGAUUGAGUUUACCCAUACGAUUGGCUCACCGCGGCCCGCAUAUGAAACAGGGGAGAGAUCCAGGUUCGGCUCGCGUACCCGAAGCCACGCAGGAGCAGUUUCUCUGGUACUCGGACGGACGGGCUCUGGCAUGCGGUUCCACACAGAUAUCCUGCGCUUGGGAGACCGCUUGUCGUCGAUGAUGAGGUCACGAUGUCUUGACCUGACAAGUUUGUGACGCAGCGCAGCAGUCCGAACCCCAAUGUGAUCAUUGUGGAAGGGCUACACGUCGACACGCUGACGAAAAAUGUGACUACGACGCUCCAGAGAUCCUUUGCAGCGUCAAACAGCUGUUGCGUUCUCACCCUCGCAGUGGAGCACUUGC